CUGCGUUCUACCAUCUUCUACGUGUCUGAUAUGUCCGUCAGUCGCGCAUUGUCCGUGCCGGAAAUUCUGCUGCACGUCUUCGAACAGCUAAAGCCUGACGUGAAGAAUUUGGACCAAGAGCGUGAAGGGAUUUGCGCUGUUUCUCUUGCUCGAUCCGCCAGUGUCUGCAAGCACUUCCGUGAACCUGCUUCGCGGGUUCUGUGGAGGGAGAUACCAACUUUCGCGGUACUCGUCAAGCUACUGUCAUCCAGUGUAAAGACGGUGCCUGUCUACGUCCUACAUCGCAACAUACAGGCGGACGAAUGGGAACGGUUUAAGUACUACGCCCGCUUUGUUCGUUGCUGCCGAGCACAGACCUGGGAAUUUGACCCCGAGGUACGCGCUCCUGUAGACCCUACAGUCUACCACCAUCUCUCUAUCCAAAGUGCGGGCCAGCCCAUACUUCCAAACCUCGAAGUGCUCGAAUGGUCGCAGGACUCAGCACUCAUCACGUCCCUGCUUUUUCUACUCCACCCAUCCGUGCGCUGGCUUUCCAUCUUCAUGCGGGACAACCCCUACGAGCGCCGGUAUGAGUCCGAUGAUCGGACCCGCCAUGCGCUGCAGAUGCUGCUGAACGGUAUCUAUAUCGCGUCCCCGCGUUUGGGGCACCUUGCUUUGCGGGGAAUGCCAUGUUUCGAGAACGUGUUCCCCAAGAUUCCGUCGUCGCCGUCGUCAUCCCCGGUCGACCGUUCAUUGGACAUAUCAAGGUUCUGGCAACUGAACACGAAAUUAAUCAACAAACUCGUCCGCGUUCGUUUCCUCACGACUCUCACCGUACGGAUACUAUAUGGCCUUCCGGAGACGCGCGAGCGCCCCGUGCUCAAGGCUCUAAAGACGUUGGUGGUCAAUGAAUCGGAAGCGGCUGCCUGCGCUUCAUUCCUCGCCGCAGUCGCUCUCCCUAGACUCGGAACGCUUCACUUGCACCUGGAGGACGCGCGUACCGCCGCUACGCUGUGGCCCAAGGUGGCCGAGACGCUGCCGCACCUGCACACGUUGGUAGUGAGCUCGAGGAAAACGGGCUCCACUUCCAAUCGACCCUCUGCGCGUCCGACACGCUCAGUCAUAGCCGUCAUCCAGCCCUUGCUCGCUCUUGGCAACCUCCGCAAGGUCGAGAUCGAACUCGGCGCGUGGGCCCUGGACACGUCAGACGACGACAUCCGUCAGAUCACCCAGAGCUGGCCGAAGCUCAGGGAGCUCAAGCUGCGGCACCGCCCGUCUUCCGUUCGACCUUCGUUGCAUGCCCUCAGCUUCGCUGCGCAACACUGCGCCGACCUGGAGUCGCUGACGUUGCCACCUGUCUAUCAUGACGGUGAUGUGCCUACCAGCGAUUCGGCGCCUCUCCAUCCGCAUGGUCUCCAGGAGUUGCACGUCGAUGGCUGGACGGUCAAGGCGGAGGCGAAAGACUUCACUUCCCAUAUCGCUGCGUUGUUCCCGCACGCCAAAAUGACUGGAGUCAUGAAUUGAUACGUCCAUCGCUGCGAUGCAGUGCGCGGUACGGUGUCGUAUCCUGAGCAGGCAGGCGAUUGCGCAUGUUACUGGUCAUUACUGUAAGUAAGGAAAUAAUCAUACUUGGCUCGUCCGUCGGACCUUUGCUACUUAAGUUACUCGGUUUGUGCUGAGGCUUGGAUGUCCAAUGAAGCGCUCAAGAGUCGGAUCCACGUGCAUGACGCGUC